AUGCCUUCCCUGUCCUCUAGUCCUCUCUCCCAUCCGUCCCGCAUUGCAGAAGCCAGAGAAACUUCCAAGCCCAAGAAAAAAGCUGCCACAUUUAACUCGAUCCCGUCCCUCUCCGCCUGUGUCCGUGCGGCGGCGCCGGAGCCGAGAGCCUCCGGCGAACCGGGGCUACUUGCUGCGGCGGGCUAUUUCGGCGGUUUUGUGCCACGGCGGGACUGGAACCGCCCGGGCUGCCCUGUCAGGAUCACCAAGCUUGAGCAAGUUCAGUUGUGGUUUGGCGGUUGGAUUCGCCUCUCGCCGCGCUUCAGAGCCUCUGUUCAUGCCCUCAUGUUUCAGGAUAGUGGACUGCCAUCUCAGUUAAAUGAUACACUGCACGACGAUUUCACUGGUUCUGAGAAUAUAACAAGAUACAGCUACAGGGAACUGGUUAGAGCCACAUCAAAUUUUGACCAAAGCAAUAAGAUUGGUGAGGGGGGUUAUGGACCUGUCUACAAGGGAACACUCAAGGAUGGAACAGCUAUUGCCGUAAAGGUUCUGUCUUUACAUUCUAGACAAGGUGCAAAGGAGUUUCUUAAUGAGCUUCUUGCAAUCUCUGAUGUAGCACAUGAGAACCUUGUCAAACUCUAUGGGUGCUGUGUAGAAGGAAACCACAGGAUCCUUGUUUACAAUUAUCUUGAAAAUAAUAGUCUUGCACAUAUCCUUCUAGGUUCGGGACAUAGCAACAUCCAGUUCAACUGGAGAACUCGGGUAAAUAUCUGCAUUGGUGUUGCUCAAGGAUUAGCUUUCCUCCAUGACAGUGUCCGCCCCCACAUUGUUCACCGCGACAUCAAGGCAAGCAAUAUACUUCUCGAUAAGGAUCUCACACCAAAAAUAUCUGAUUUUGGUCUGGCAAAGCUUCUACCUCCGGAUGUAUCACAUGUUAGCACAAGAGUCGCAGGGACCCUAGGUUACUUGGCUCCUGAAUAUGCAAUUCGAGGACAAGUUACGCGGAAGGCAGAUGUCUACAGCUAUGGCGUUCUGCUUAUCGAAAUUGUGAGUGGAAGAUGCAACACUGAUACGAAAUUGCCCUACGAUGACCAGAUUCUCCUUGAGAAGACAUGGAGAUAUUACGACCGGGGGGAUCUGGAGAAGAUCAUAGACAGCUCCCUGGGCGAUGACCUCGACGUCAAUGAAGCCUGCAGGUUUCUGAAGGUUGGGCUCCUCUGCACCCAAGACGUCACGAAACGGCGGCCAGGGAUGUCUACGGUGGUCGCCAUGCUGAAAGGCGAGGCCGACCUGGGCACAGAGAUGAUCAGCAAGCCCGACGUGAUCAGGGAUUUUGGAGACCUGAAGAUGAGGAGCAGGGCCACGUCGUCGACACUGCUGACCUCCAUCAUGGCGCGGUCGUCCCAGCUGUCGUCUGAGGAGACGACGCGCAACUCCAUCACCUUCACCGAGAUAUCGGAGCGUGACUGA